AUGAUCCGGGCUCUUUGCUGGGCGCAGAGGCCGUUGUUUAGGUUUUACCACAACAUUCCAAAGACCGCGAGAAUGGCUGUGGACCAGCAACGCGGCCCAGACGACGGUCUGCCAGAUAGUGCACUGAACCCUGCAGAUUACAGUUCUGUGGUCAAAACGAUCCCCGACAACUCGCCAGACACAAGAGUGCUCUACACGCUGUCGGCGCGAUCUUUCCCACUCAAUCUAAAGGUUUCAAUUUUCGACACGCUCAAGUCCAAGUCGAUUCCGGCCAGAAACGUACUUUUCGUGAUCACGUUUGCGGACCAGGUCCUGGACAAGCCUCUCGAGCGCGACGCCGACUUGCAGACUUUGCGCGAAAGCUACUGGCGCUCGCUGAACAGCUACCUGUCCCUCUACAGCUCGCAAACGAUAGAUCGCGAAAAUGUCAUGGUGACCAGCACAAAGUAUCCCCGGUCGAUUACCAAGGUGUUUGAGAAACUCAUACACUCGGAUCACAAGACGUACUACGUGAUUGGCCAGACAAACACAGGCAAGAGCUCCUUAGUGCAGCGGCUCAUCGUCGAAAGCAACGAUUACCAGUCGGUCCCUGUGGUACCCAAGGUUUCUGCAAAGCCGUGUUCGACUCGCCGCAACGGGACCUUUGUUUGUCCCUAUUUUGGACUCACUCUCGUGGACACGCCCGGAAUGCUUCCGAAAACACACAGCAUUUACGCCGUGCUGCGUCCCCAGCUUCGGCAGAGCGUGCUAUCCUGGGGAGCUACCAAUUCCAUUAGGACCCGUGUAUUCACGUUUAGAGAUAUAGAGCAGGUGCUGGGGCUGGGUCCAUACAGUAUUUCUGGGGCCCUACAAAAUUAUUUCGAGACCUGGCAGAGUGGCAAGCCUGGCUGGCUGAUCGCAGGUACGUUUGCGGGUCGCGAUGGACGGCAUACAAACUGCACGCUUCUGCCGGCUUGUGCGACGUAAUUAUCAGCAACCUCGGGUUCGUAAGGUUCGAAAACGGGUGCCCUCCAUUGACAGUCUACAUGCCUUCGUGUCUUCGUGCUGUUCAACGAUUCUAUGCAGAUGAGGACCAUUAUAAAGAGCUGGAAUUACAGGCUAACGCGACUUUUGGGCGGUCUGAGUCAGCUUGCGCUUCAUGUACCAACUGAAGAAGAACAGACAGAAGGGAAGCAGGAUAUUGUUGAGAGCGAUCCACGCCACUAAAAUGCCAAAGUUGCGCCCCAAAUUUCCACGGUAGGUAUCGAAAAGAAGCACCUUCAUGAGCUCGUACGAGUUUUUGAUCGGCAUGGCGUACGUGAACCGGUAGAACUCCGGACACACCUCAAUAGGCGAAAAAGUGGCCGAGAUGUUGCACACAACAAAAAACACUAGCCAGAAUCCCAUAAGCGGCGGCAGCACAGCAAAACACAGCAGCGCAAUGUUCUCGUUGGCACCUCCCACAGCCGACAUAGUCAGGUACGAGAUCAUCCAGUGGACGCCAAAGCCGCCCUUCCAAGCGUUGUUGAGCUUGAUCUGGAACGCGGCGUUCACACAGCUGUAUCCGAGAGAGCUCAGCAGGAAGUUUACCUGCGCACUCACCAUCCGAUAAAUUAUAUAGCUUCCUGGCUUGAGCGUUUCGGCGGCCUGCUGAUUGAUCUUCUGGAACCACAUGACCUGGAAAAACGUGACAAUAAUAAUAUAAAUAAGGCCAACCUGGAGUGGUGCCAUAACCGUGUAAUCGGACACCGGAAUGCCAUCUAUCAUGGUGAUGUCUGGCACGUGGGAUAACGUGGUGAUGUUUUGCAGGCUGGUAAACUGCUCUGACGACAGUUGGGACAGGAGCCGUGGAUACACCUCCUGCUGCAUUAUGUCGGUAAAGGCGGCUCCAAAUUUGAGCAUUCCCGGCUCAACGAAAGAGUCCACCCCAUUAGGGUCUCUGCCGGUCUCGUAGUAGCCCUUGACGAGCAUGGAAGUGUUCAGAUCCUGUCCGUUUUGGAGAGCCUGCACCAGCUGCUGCGAAACGUUGUUGCUGGUGACGUAGAGCGCGCCCCAAUAUUUCUGUUUCCAGACUUCGUUGAUGACCCAGUCCUCGUCUGCGUAAGCAUGACGAGUCCAGCCCAGCAGCGGCUUCACCGCCGGCGACUCGGCCACCUGGAGCAACGCUUGCGACACCGGGUAGUCGCUGUUGUCAAUGCUUGCGCCUUCCUCAACAAUCAGGAGGAUUUUCAGAUUGAUCAAACGGCUGCCACGUUGGUACAUAGCACCCCAAUAGAUAGAAAACACGCUCAGAAUAAACAUCCAGAGAAUGACAAUAAUAGUCGCGUAUUGCUUGAGGAACUUUCCUCUGUGCUGAGAGAACUUGUUGGACCAAAAGCCCGCUUUGACGGGUCCCUGCUGCUCUUUCGCCAUUUCCUCGUCUCUCUCGCGCUCCAGUCUCUCGACGCUCUCCUCGUUGGGGUGAGAAACAGAGUACUCGGUGU